UAGUGUUCACAAUGAAACAGCACAUGUCUGUGUGCCUCACCAAAGAGAGGUUUGGUGGCCGAUUUUUGUGUGAAUUACAGAAGUUCCCUGAAUCGGCCCGCACAACAACGUAGAGGCGACGUUGCAAAGCAUCUGCCAUGGCUUACUACAUUCCAGGCACGUGGAUGCUGGAUAUGGAGGAAAUGUAUUCGCAUGCGACUGGCCGUGGAAACAUCACUGAUCCUUUUAUGAUGAGUAAAUAUGAUGACACUUUGCACGAGAAAGGCAUGGACGAAAACGCUAACACACAUGAAGAUGUUUCAAUGCAUAGUGAAGUGGAUGAGAGCCCCGCGGAUGUCAUGUUCAGAAAGAAGGACCAGAAGGACGCGGAGCUGGAUAAAAAGAUCGAGGCCCUGCGGAAGAAAAACGAGGCCCUGAUGAAGAGGUAUCAGGAAGUGGAAGAGGACAAAAAGAGGGCGGAGGAGGAAGGCAUGGCCCUGCAGAGCCGCAAAGGCAAAGCAGAGGAUCUGACAAUCACUAUCAACAAGUCCGCCAGCGAGACCCGCGUUGUGACAAAGAAAUCAGGUUCCGGGGAUGCGCCGAACUCCAGGGGGGUCCAGGAUCCGGCAGAUCCGGAUAUGAACCCGUUCGGCAUGGGCCGGGGAAAGAGGAGGCAGCUUCUAGUCACCAUGGCCGGCAACACCAAGGGCAAGAGGGUCGUGAGUGAGAAGAGGGGCCAGAACCACCCCCCCAGCCCCGGGGGCAUGAGGGACGUCACAGAGGAAGAGGACGUGGAGUGCGGCAUGAUGGGAAGGCUGCUCCAGCCCUCUAAGCCAGACAGCGGGCCGCAGGAGGACGACGGCAGACAGGAGCGGCAGGGUUUGACGGAGGAGAGUCAGUGGUUGGCCGAGUGCGACCCCUAUUACCAGGACGUGGAGGGGCCCGUCCCGCAGGGCCACACUGACCUCAUCGUCCCCACGUCCAGGGAGGAGCAGCUGGAGUACCUGCGCUGGAAGAAGGAGCGCGAGCAGAUCGACCGCGAGCGCGUCGCUCGCCACAAAAACGCCAAGGGCCAGUGGAGGAGAGCGUGGGACAUGGACAAAUCAGAGAAUAUGUUUCGUGACAGAUUUCACGGAGAAAGUGAACGAGGGAACAAAACGAGAGGGGGAAGGAAUGCUAGAAGAGGUCAGUCAAGAGCCACAGGGGAAUCGCAGGGUCAUCCAUACCGGAACCGAGACGAGGGUGGCAAAAACCUGCCGGCAGUCAGCAGCAAGGCCAAGGGCAAGGACCGCCUGACUGGCAGAGCAAGGAGAUGGGACGCUAAGGAGGAAGAAGACCACUUACAGACUAUGGAGACCAGCCUUGAAGAAUUCUUGGAGGAACUGGAUGCCUUUAUUGGACCGGAGGUGGACCUGAGCCCCAAGCCUAUGGUGGAAAGCAGAGAAGACGACGUUGGAAAGGGCUUCCCGCCGGGCGCAGUGGGUGCUGACGAAGCGGGCGGUGACGAGGCCGUCAGUGGAGAUGACCCUGAGCGAGGCGGAGUCCCCACCUCAGAGUCUGACCUCGACCAGCAUGAUGGAGACGCUGCUGCGGACGCAGCCUCUGGGAAUCCGGCUGCCAGCCAGGGAGAAAGGGCUCCGAAACCCCGCAGAGCUCCUGAGAAAAAGGUCCGUUUCUCUGAGGAGACCAUCAAGGAGACCAAAGGAGCUGAAGAGGGAGCUCCAGGCCCCAUUCCCUCUGAGGCUGAGGUGACGGGGGCCAUUAAAGGAAGCUCACGCGGUCCCGAGUCCCUCCUGGCAGUGGUAGAGGAGGCCGAGCAGACCCUGGCGUCAGGCCUGAGGGGCCCCGAGGGUGAUGGCGUUCAGAAGCGGGACCAGGAGGCCUCUGACCUCCCCCACACCAGUGGCCCUGUCCUGGUGGACAGUGACGCUGGUGGACGAGGGCCAGAGGACACCUCCAAAACUGAAACAUUGGAAAAGAAACACAGCGAUACACAAGGUCUUACUCCCGAGCCAGAGAGGGGUCAGAGAACCAUGGAUGGAAACUCGGCUGCUUUCCCAGAGGAGAGUGCUCACCAGCCUCUAAAACACUCUAAAAACACCAGAAGCCCAGAAGAGAUGAUCAACUCCAGCCUCUCUGUUAUGAGCCUAGACUCUGGAACACCUCAUCCUUAUCAUGAGACCAGUAACGCCAAGGUGAAAGAAAAUGGAAAAAUAGUUUAAAUUUGAACAUGGAGACGCUCAUUACUGUACAUUUACUUUUGUUCAUUGCGGUUGAGGAUGGAAUGCAACUUAAACCAAAACAAGCUAAACAAAAAAGAUAAAUGUUCGUAUUAUGUAGUAUGAGCUCUCCCUUGCUCUGUGUAACUUUUUUUACAAUAUAAAUCAUGCUGUAUGUAGGCACUGCAUUGGGCAUGGAGAUAGUGUUGGUCACAUAAUUUCAUCAACAUGGUGGAAUAAUUCUAUGAAACAAUCCUGAUUAUAACAAAUUGCAAUUUGGAAACACACUGUGUAGUGGUUGAUAUUUUGCUUUUUUGCAGUUUGGGUUUGGCCAAACAUUUAAUACAAGCACUUUAUUUUGUUAUGUAGCUGAAUCUAAUUACAGUAUUAAUACU